AUGUUCGAUGGUGAUGAUGAUGGGUCUGGUGCGAUGUUGCCAUGGGUCUAUGUUUUUGUUGGUUUGCAGAGAAAUAUUGAAACUGUUAAGAUGAAGGAGAAGAAGAUGAAGAAAAAAAAUUGGGUUGCUGAAGACGAAUGCGAAGAUGAUGAACAGUUUCGGAUAAAGGAAGAUGAAAUCGAUGAAGAGAGGGUGAUUUUUGAACAUUCAUCUAAUGGAAGAGUUGUAACUUUGAACCUGGAGUCUCAGAGUUUGGUUGGCUCUAUACCGCCUUCUGUAGGAAAUCUUACAUAUCUUAGAGGCAUCAACCUGCGAAACAACAGCUUCCAUGGUGAACUUCCUGAAGAGCUCGGUCGUCUAUCGCGCUUGCAACAUAUCAACGUCACCUUCAAUUCCUUUGGUGGGAAGAUUCCCGCUAAUCUCACUAACUGCACAGAACUUACUGUAUUCAGUGUUGCUGUCAACAAGCUUACUGGGGAGAUUCCACACCAGCUUAGUUCAUUGACAAAGUUGGUCAUCCUGGAUUUUGGAGGCAAUCACUUUAUAGGAAGCAUCUCAUCUUGGAUAGGGAACUUUUCUUCUCUCUUUGCUCUGUCACUUCCACUGAAUAAUCUACGAGGAAGCAUACCAUAUGAACUUGGCCAGCUAACUGGAUUGGGUUAUUUUCAAGUUUAUGGCAAUUAUUUGUCUGGUACGAUUCCAACUUCAAUUUUUAAUAUUUCUUCUAUAUACUUCUUUGUUGCUCAAAACCAGCUGCAUGCGCAGUUACCCCCAAUGCGCAGUUUAUGGAAAUAUUUGCUGGGGGUGCUAACUAUUUUACAGGACCCAUACCUGCAAGGGCGGUGGCAUGUUAAGGGCUUGGGUGGGCUAUAG